CCGAGCAGCCACUCGUAUCUUUGUCGGGCCGCCUUCAUCAUCCGCGUCCGAAAUUUCACCAACACCACCGAUAUGCAGGGUGUCGCGAUCGUCCGGGGGUUCAUUCUGGUCACGCUCGCCGUCUUCCUUGCCGGCGACCUGGCCGCCCUGAUGACUCGUCUCUCAGCAUCGGAUGAUGACCAAGAAACCGCUCAGCUGGGCCACCACUCAAACGCCCUACCUCACAGGGAUAAGCUAGCAAAAUUGACGUCUGCUGUAAAAAACUCCUGCCUGCCGAAGCUGAUUUGCGAGCUGAACGCUUCACCUGAGAAGGAAAAGCUAAAUCAAAAAGCCAAGUCCCUUUUACAACUUAUAAGGGAUACGAGUAUAUCGAUGACAGCCGAAGUGUCGAGGUACCACUUUGCUGCUCACAUGGGCCAGCUGAUUUCAGGAGUCGAGGGCACCGGCUGCCACAAUUUUUAUCCUGGCUGCCCCCUGCCGUCCGUGAAGGUGCUCAGCUUGCUCAACAAGCCGUCCAUUCUGUGAUACUGUGACAAGAUAACUGUGAUAACGACCCGUUACCAGUCUACGUGACGCUGCAACACUCCUGUAAUAUCUCUUCCUUGAGGAAGGAUUUCAGAAGCAAAAAAUUUCACCGCAGUUUGCUAAUUUUAUUUCUCAGUAUUAAUUGAUACUGAUGAUAUAUCGAAAACUGUCGAAUGUAAAUUAUGAAUUUCAAGAAGAAAUUUUAUUUUGUGAUUGAUAAAAUUGUAAUAAAUUGUAUUUAUUAGUUAAUUGUAAAAAAAGUACCUGUAUUGACUUUAGCCAAGCUAGCUUUAAACUCUCCCUGAACAAUACUUACCACCAAAUAAUUAUAUUUUCUCAAUAGUUUGUAUUAAUUAGGCAGUAAUAUAGCAAUAUAUUUUAAUGAUGUAAGUAAAAUAAAACUUUAGUUAGUUUUUAAAACUUGACAAUAAGUUACCUAUAAUAUCUGGGAUCAUAAUUCUAAGGUUUAUAUCAGGGAGAACAACAGUUGUAAAUAAUAAUAAAAAAUUGAAAAGUGUCGUUUAUUAAA